AUGCGUGAAGGUGAUGACUCAGUUCAAAUUGUUGCAACACGUGUAAAACUUCUUCGAUCACUUCGUCUGGCUCUUCAAUGUUCAUCUGAAUUAAGUUUAAUUGUAUUUAAUCUUUGGCAAGAAUUUAUUCGUCAUUUAAGUACUAAUGUUGAUAUACUUUCAUCAAUGAUAUUACAAUUAAUUGCAUCAUUAUUACCAUAUCAUGAAAUAAAUAAUGAACAUUUUCAAGAAUUAAUUCUUCUUAUGUUAAAUAAUAUUUCUAAUAGUCAAAUAGCUUUAAUAACAGAUGAUUUAUUACUUAUUCCACAAAUAAAUCAAAUGAAAAACAUUAAAAUAAAGUUAAAUAAAUGUAAAAAACAACAUUCAGAAAUGAAUGAUAAUCAAUCAAACAUAAACAAUGAUGAACGUACAUUAUUAGAAAAUAAAUUUCAACGUCUUAUAACACUUUUAAAUUUUGAUAUGAUGGAUAUACGAUUACAUGCAUUAAAUAGUUUAGAAAAUUUAUUAAAAACAAAUCGUCCAUAUUUAUUACAAAUGUGUUUAUCACGUGAUACAGUUUCAUCAAUAAUAACUCGUCUUAUAUUAACAUUACUUGAACGUUCAAAUGAUACAAAUCAAAAUAUACGUUUUAUUGCUAUAAAUUGUCUUGGUGAAAUAGGUGCUAUUGAUCCUGGACGAAUAGAAUUUCGUAAAUUAUAUUCAUCCAUUGCAACAUCAACAUCAUUAAUUAAUCGUUUAUUAUCGAAUUCAAAUUCUGAAAUAAAUACUGAUGAUUUAAAACGUUGUUAUUUUAAUUUAUAUUCACAAGAAUUUGCAUUAGAAUUAUUUGCUGAAUUAACACGAGCUUUUCUUGCUGCUGAUCAAGUACGACAACAAGAUACAAUAUCAUAUGCAAUACAAGAAUGUUUAAAAUUUUAUAAUUUAAAUUUAUCAGAUGAUAAUGAAAAAAUUCAAAUAAAUAAACAAUUAUGGACAAAAUUAAAUCAAGAACAACAAGAUUUAUUUAAACCUUUACGUACAUCAAAAUAUGUUUUAACUGAUGAAACAAAUUUAAAAACAAAUAAAUCACAAGAAGCUAUUUUAAAACAAAUAACCAUAAAAACAUAUGAACAAUGGUUAACACAAUUUGUACCUUAUUUAAUUCAACAUUUACCAAAUAAUAAUUAUUAUCAUUUAUUUCAUUCUUGUUUAUUUGCUGUUAGAUUUAAUAGUUCUAUUGGCUCAUUUUUAUUACCCUAUGUAAUUCUUCAUUUAAUUGGUGAAAAUCUUGGUCAAGAUGUAUUAGAUAAAGAAAUCAAAGCAUUAGUUUCUUACACAAAUCAAUAUGAUGCAAACGAAAUAAAUCCAUCUUCUGAUGUUCUUCAUCAAAUCGGUCAAAUCAUAUUUACUUUAAUCGAUUUUCUUCUUUUAUUUUCCUCCUUAAAUACUACCGAUCCAAAUGAACACGCUAAACAAUCAGAUCAACGUAAACGUCAACCACCACAACAGCAACAACAAUCAAAUCAAGAUCCAUUAAAUAUUAAAGAUGGCACAUGGAAUAAUUUAGGUAUAACACGAAUACGUAAUUAUAUUCGUUUAUUACAUACUGAUCUAUCUCUUGCUCGUAUUGCAUUUAAAUAUGAUCAUUAUACACGUGCAUAUCGUCAUUUUGAAAUGUAUUCAUCAAUUGAACAACAAAUAAAUGUUUCUCAUAAUAGUGAAUUUCUUUUAAAAUUAUUUCAUCGUUUAAAUGAUCAAGAUUCAGCUUAUGGUAUUAUUGCUAUACGUAAUAUGACACCAAAACAAUUAGAUAAUCCUCGAACAGAUAUUUAUGAAGAAAUUUUAUCAUAUGAAUUAACUGGACAAAUUGAUGAAGCUAUUGUUGCAUAUGAAAAUGUUUUAGAAAUGAAUGAAUUAAAUCAAACAAAUAUACAUUUAUAUUUAGGUUAUUUAAAUAAUUUAUUAACUCAACAACAAUUUCAACAUACAAUUGAUCAAUCAACUGGUAUUAUUGUUCAAUAUCCAACAUGGAUUAAUAUGUUAAAUCCAUUACGUAUUGAAGCAGCAUGGAAAUUAUCAAAAUGGAAUUUAUUAGAAAAAUUUUGUUCAUAUGAAAAUGAAAAUUUACAUUUAAAUCAUAAUGAACAAAUAAAUGAAAGUUCAAAAAUGAAUAUUUUACAUGAUUUACAUGUUUCAAAACAAUUUGAAGAAUAUGUUGGAAAAAUUUUAUGUCAAGCAAAAAAACAAAAUCGUGAAGAAUUUUAUUCAGAAUUUCGUUUAGCAUUAAAUUCUUUAAUGGGACCUAUAUCAGCAGCUAGUAUGGAAGUUGGAUCAUAUCAACGUGCAUAUGAUUAUUUAGCUAAAUUACAUUUACUUAAAGAUCUUGAAUAUUAUGUUUUAAAAAAUAUUUUUCAUGAUGAUCAUUCUAUUAUGAUUAUUGAUAAUGAUAAUAUUGAUGAUAUAUGGUCACAAAGACAUGCAUUAUUACCACCAAAUAGUAAAUAUAUUGAACCAUCAUUAGCAUUAAGACGAACACUUUUAUUAUUGGAUGAUAUUAAUCAUACGAAACAACAUGCUUUAGAAAUUGGUGAAUGUUGGUUACAUAGUGCACGUAUAGCACGUGCACAAAAUAAUUCUUUAGCAGCUAUUGGUUCAUUGAUGAAAGCUAAUCAAUCACAUCCAAUUGAAGUAGUGAUUGAACGUGCACAGUGGAUGUGGGAUAAAGGAGAAAAAGAUCGAGCUAUUAUGAGUUUAAAACAAAAGAAAAUUGAAUUAUUAGAUUCAAGAACAAUAAAUGAUGGAAAUCAUAAUGAAAAUAGAUUACAAGUUUCAGCUGAUUUGAAAGCACAAGUAUGGUUAUUAUUAGCUCGUUAUAGUGAACAAAAUUCUCCUCAUGAAGCCGUUUUUGAAAUGUAUAAACAAGCUCAAGAAGCAGCUCCACAUUGGGAAGAAACACAUUUUUAUUUAGCACAAUUUUAUGAUACAUUACUUUCAUCAUGUAUUGAAUCUGAUCCAACAUCAUCAAAUUCUACUGCAACAACAACAACAAAUAAUUUUCUAUCAUCUAAUGGACUUUCAUUAGAAAAUAAAUUACGUAUGAUGGAAUAUAUUCGUUUAGCUGUUAAUACAUAUUGUCGUUCAUUAAAAUAUGGUUGUGAAUUUAUUUAUCAAUCAUUAACACGUUUAUUAACAAUAUGGCUUGAUUUUGCAUCUGAUCUUGUACCAUUUAUUAAACCAGUACCAACAACAACAUCACGUAAACAACAACCAUCAACAAUUGCAACAGCUAAUUUACCUGAUGCAGCACAAAUAAGACAAUAUGGACAAGCAAAAUUAACUGAAAUAACACGAGAAGUAUCAUCAUGGACAACACGUAUACCACCAUAUUUAUUUCUUGCUGCUUUUCCUUAUAUGGUCUCACGUAUAUGUCAUAGUGAAGAUAUGACAUCGAAAGCUUUAAAUUCAAUAAUAACACAAGUAUUUGCUGCUUUUCCUCAGCAAACAUUAUGGAUGAUGAUUAAUUUAUAUGGUUCAUCAAAUAGUAUGCGACGUGAUCGUUGUAUUGCUAUUUGGAAUGAAGCUUCGAAUAUUGAACCUGGUCUACAUGAUUUUGUUGUUGAAGCAACAAUACUUAUUAAACAACUUGAUACAUUAUGUAUGCAUGCUGUUACAUAUGGACAAAAUAAAAUAAGUUUAUCAACACAAUUUAAAUCAUUUAAACGUUCAUAUGCUAAUCAAUCAGCAUGUCCUAUUCUUAUACCAAUUCAAUCACAAAUGCAAGUUUGUUUACCACCACCACCAGUAAGAUUUUCUCUAUCGACAACAUUAGCCCAUGUGCAACAACAACAACAACAAAUAAACAAUGUUGAUCUUCCAUCAGAAACAACAGUAAAAUUAACAGCUAUGGCAAAUAAACAAGGUCCAUUAGGACGAACAACAACAAGAAAAACCGCACAAGCAGGAUCAAUAACAACUGCAACAAAUAAAAUACCACAAAAAACUUAUUAUGAUGCACGACAUCAACCAUUUCCGGAUGCUGUUGUUACGAUUCAUAGUUUCGAAGAUAACAUAGAUGUAUUAUCAUCAUUACAACGACCAAAAAAAAUUGUCAUACGUGGUAGUGAUGGACAAUUAUAUCCAUUUUUAUGUAAAUCUCAAGAUGAUCUUCGUGUUGAUUCACGUUGUUUAGAUUUUUGUCAUUUAUUUAAUAAAUGUUUAAAAAAAAAUAGUGAAACACGUCGUCGUCAAUUAAAUAUUCGUACAUACGCUGUUUAUCCAAUAAAUGAACGUUGUGGAUUAAUUGAAUGGUUACCUAAUUUAUGUACAUUUCGUUCAUUAGUAACAAAAUUUUAUCGGCAACGUAGUUCAAAUUUUUCUGAAGUAUCCAAUCGAGAAAUAAAAGUUUAUGGAAAUAGUAAAGAUAAAACAAAAGAAACUCGUUAUAAUGAUUUUCUUAAACUAAUGGCUUUUCAUCAACCAGCUGUAUUUCAUCAAUAUUUUUUUGCUGCUUAUCCUGAUCCGAAUCGUUGGUAUAUAAGUCGAAUGAAUUUUGUUCGUUCAACAGCUGUUAUGUCAAUGAUUGGUUAUAUAAUGGGUUUAGGUGAUCGACAUUGUGAAAAUAUUCUUCUUGAUACAUGUACAGGUGAAACAGUUCAUGUUGAUUUUAAUUGUUUAUUUAAUAAAGGAUUAACAUUUGAAAUUCCAGAAAAAGUUCCAUUUCGUUUAACACAUAAUAUUGUUGAUGGUAUGGGUACAUUAGGUGUUGAAGGUGUAUUUCGUAAAACAUGUGAAAUUAUUUUACAUUUAAUACGUGAUGAACGUGAAUUACUCGUAUCAGUUUUGAAGACAUUUAUUUAUGAUCCAUUAGUAGAAUGGAAAUCAGCAACAAAAGAAGAAGUUGCUAAUAUGAAAAAACAACAAAUUGAAGGUGAAGUUGUUAAUAUGAAGGCUCAAACACAUGUGAGAAAUAUAUUAGAACGUGUACGAGGUUAUUGUACAGAUGAAUUAACAGGUAAACGUGUUGUAUUACCACUAUCGGUUGAAGGACAAGUUGAUCAUUUAAUACAACAAGCAACAAGUAAUGAAUUAUUAUGUCAGAUGUUCAUCGGUUGGGCGGCUUAUUUAUGA